AUGAAGCUUACACUUGCUACCCUGCUAGUUCUACCGCUGGCACUGGCCGGAUCGCUCAAGUCCGUCAUCGUCACUUUCCCCAAGGGAACGCCUGACUCGGUGGUUAACCAGGCCAAAGCCUCUUUGGUGGCUUCAGGUGGUGUUAUCACGCACGAGUACCAUUUGAUCAAUGGAUUCGCCGCCGAGGCUCCUGCGAGCGCUCUCCAGACCCUCUCCACGCAGGAUACCCAAUACAAACCGAAUAUCGAAGAAGAUAAGGUUGUCAGUGCGUAUGGAGACUACGCAGCUGCAGUCUAA